CUGUUUUCUUUCGACGAGCAAAGUAUUUGUUAUUUGGAUUAUUGCAAGCUCAUAAUCUACCUCCAAUUCUUAUCAGCAACUUAGUUAUUUUUAAUUUGCCGUUUAACUUUAUUCCCAUUUGACCUUUUUUCACUAUUGUCAUGAGCAAAACUGUCAACAUGCUUCGCCUUGCUCUACUCCAGUUAAAAGUCUCAAAAGACAAAGCUACAAAUAUACAAAAUGCACAAACAAAGAUUGCACAAGUUGUCAACGAUUCCAAACCACGAAUUGUUGCACUUUCCGAAUGUUUCAAUUGUCCUUAUGGCACCGGUUUCUUUCGUCAAUAUUCCGAAACUAUUCCUGAUGGGGAUACUUGCAAAGCUCUGUCGCAAAGUGCCAAACAACAUGGAAUUUAUAUUAUAGGUGGAACUAUUCCCGAAAAAGAUGAAAAUGAUUCUAUUUAUAAUACUUGCACUGUUUGGGAUCCAAUGGGUAAUCUAAUUGCAAAACAUAGAAAGGUUCAUCUUUUUGAUAUUGACAUUCCCGGAGGUAUUCGAUUCAAGGAAUCUGAAACCUUAUCCGCUGGUGAUCAAUUCACCAUCAUUGAAAUUGAUGGUCAUAAAGUGGGAAUUGGUAUUUGCUAUGACAUUCGUUUCGAAGAAAUGGCAAGGAUCUACCGAAACAAAGGCUGUGAAAUGUUAAUUUAUCCGGCUGCUUUCAACAUGACCACUGGACCACUGCACUGGGAACUGUUGCAGCGAUCCAGAGCUAAUGACAAUCAGCUUUUCGUCGCUACCAUAUCACCAUCUCGAGAUGAAAGUGCAGGCUAUGUGGCUUUUGGUCAUUCGAUGGUCGUCGAUCCAUGGGCAAAGAUCUUAGCUAGUGCUAAAGAGAGCGAGGAAAUAGUAAUUGCUGAUCUAGACUUUACCUUAGUGGAAAAAGUCCGCCAACAGAUUCCAGUUUUCAGUCAAAGGAGAACUGAUCUUUAUUCAACUGAAUCAAAAUCUUAAUCAAAUCUCUUGCUUUUUUUCAUUUGAUUGCAUUAAAAAUGUGAUUUUUAUAAAUAUUUUAUGUCCUUAACAGGUUUCUUUAUUUUUACAUAUAGAAAUAAAAUUGUUCAUAUUCUUAUAAACUAAA